UGAAUUAUUAAACCAUCCUCUAUUCCCCUCUACCUAUGGUCAACGUCCAAACUCCGCUGGCAAAAGUACCCUUCUUCUAUUUGCUGGCUGCAGGAGAGCAGCCAUGACUCAAGAAAUGGAUUCGAUUUAUACCUCCACAAUUGCAUCAUAUAAGAAAAUUUUAGGUCAAUUCAACCCAGCUCUGGAAAACCUUGUAUACCUAGGUAAUAACUACCUCCGAGCAUUAAAUGCUCUUUCUGAAGUUGCUGAGUCUUAUUAUAAUGCGAUUAAGAAGAUAGGUGAACAAGCGUUCCAGAACUCUGCAUGUUAUGGCCUGGGUCAACUACUUAUCCAGAUGGCUGACAGCUGUAAGAAUACAAGCGCUGGGCUCAAUUCAUUGUUUCAGACAUUACAUGUCGAGAUUAUACAACAAAUGGACAAGAACACAAAGCUGGACAUGCAGUUUAUACGAGACAGCCAAAACCGUUAUGAAAUGGAAUAUCGCCAGAGAACAACUACCCUUGAUAAGUGCAAGGCAGACGCCUGGAAAAUGGAGAGACAAAGAGACCGUAAUCUGCAAAGUAUGAAAGAAAAAGUGAACAUGUUGCACUCAGACAUGCUUUCAUUUGUCAGAGAUAGUCAACGAGCAGCAGAGCUGGAGGAGAGGCGCAGAUACCGAUUUCUGGCAGAACGGCAUUGGCUACUGUGCAGCUCCUUAGUGCAAUACCACAACCGGGCUCAUGGUGUGCUCAAUGUACGACUGUCCAGUUGGAAAGAACAGAUUGAUGCAAGCAGAGCUCAGACAACUCCAUCUUCUCAAAAUUAUACAUCUGGACGGACGACAACUAGCCCAAGAGACUCAAUGAAUAUGACACCAAGAUCUGUGGCAGAUGUUUUAUCCAUGGUAAAUCGUCAAGAACAGAAUAAUGUGAGGGGUCCAAUUCAAAAUACGACAAGAGUUUUGCAAAGGACACCAUCUAAUGGAACCUUAGCCAAUGUUCGCUCUCGUUCUAAUUCCUUUGGUGAAGUUGCAGUGGCUGCAGUCGCAGCAGCAACAGCAAAUGUUGGAAACGGGAAGGUCCAGGCCAUUGUAGACCACAAACCAGGAGGAAACCCUACCAUGCUGCAAUUUUCAAAAGGCAGUGUGAUCACGGUUCUGGUGCCAGAAGCACGGAAUGGUUGGCUAUAUGGAAGACUUGAUGCUCUUAACAUGACUGGCUGGUUUCCUGAGGCAUAUGUAAAAUCUAUGGAUACAGAUCCCAGGUCCUCUGGGAUGCGUAGUGCGCACAGUGCCAGUGAUCUCCUGGAUGUUUUAGACAUGCCACAGCCGGACUACAAGCAGAGUACCGCAGAUCAGAGGCCUAUCACCAAAGCUUCCAAUCCAGCUCCUCCACCACCUCCUGUGAACAACAGCUUUAAGAAGUCUGGAGGAGGAGGUCGUGCAGAUCUGUUUCCUAGGGGAACAAAUCCAUUUGCAACGGUUAAGCUUCGACCUACUGUAACCAACGAUCGAUCUGCUCCUCUUAUUCGGUGAGACAGUGAAUCAUGCCACCCUUUAUCGGACUCCAGGGGGUACAGCAAUGAACGAAGCUCCUUGUAAUCAGUCGUGGGCAUCUGGAUUCUGCUAGGCCGACUUCCAGUUAGUAUUAUAUUGGUUGGAAACAGAUCUUGCACAUUCUGUACAUUUUGCUCCAGUGAUUGUAGACAGAGUUUAACAUGAAUUUCUUGUGAAUGAUGUCAUCUUUUUACCUCUGUAAAAAUAUCCAUUUUGUGGUGUUUGCAGAAAUUACAUAGAUUUGGUGACUUAUAAACUUUGUAAAUAUAUAUUGGGAAGUGAUCAUGUCAAACA